CUGUCGGGGACGAUCCCUCCGCAGCUGGGCGACAUCUCGCUGCUGAAGCACCUUAGUCUAGAGGGCAACUCCAUCUCGGGCACCAUCCCUGCGGAGAUGAGCAAGCUCUCGCAGCUGAAGUACGUUAGGCUGUACAACAACAUCAUCUCGGGCACCAUCCCUUCGGAUAUGGGCAAGCUCUCGCAGCUGUAUAACCUUUGGCUGAACAACAACGCCAUCUCGGGCACCAUUCCUCCAGAGACGGGCAAGCUCUCACAACUGAAUAUCCUUUCCCUGAACACCAACUCCAUCUCGGGCACCAUCCCUGCGGAGUUGAGCGAGCUCUCGCAGCAUGAUGUCCUUAGCCUACACAGCAACUCCAUCUCGGGCACCAUCCCUUCGGAGACGGGCAAGCUCUCGCAGCUAACGUGCCUGCAGCUGUACAACAAUAACAUCUCUGGAACCGUGCCGUCGGAGCUCAGCGACCUG